AUGAGGAGACUGGAGGACAAGGAAAAUAAAAACAAAACAACGCUGAACGCAGCUGCUUGCUGUAAGCCGAGAGUAAAAUUUGUUGUAAAUCUUCAUAAAUUUAUGUAAAAAUUUGAACUACCUUUGUUUUAUUUUUAUUUGUAUGCAUAGGCUUUUGCAACGAGCGUUUUCAACGCGAAUCGUACGUGUGUUGCUCUCUGCAACAUCUUCGUUUGGCUUAAAAAUGGUACGUUUCUUUCCAAAUCCGUAUGUAGAUAUUCAACCAGGGACGGAAUUUAAUGUGAAUAAAGAUGAUGUUAUUAAUUCUAUCGACGAACAUAUCGGCAUUAUAACAAAGAGACUGCAACCAUCACGUAGAAACGUCGACGGUGGAUUAUAUGUUGGAGUUACCGGCAUCUCAUUUAUGUUUUAUUAUCUAUCCAAAAACCCAUUACUGUCUGAUAAAAAAGCGCAUUUUAUUGAGAAAAGCCAAGAUUAUUUGAAUCCAGCACUGGAAACAUCAGCUGGCUAUAAAACCUCGUUUUUACUUGGCGACGCCGGUACUUACGCAUUGGCAACUGUUGUGAAAAAGGAAAUAGGAGACAAACAAUUUGUUGAAACACUUAAAAUGUAUCAAUCUCUUUACAAUUACUAUUUAAAUCCCAAAUUCCUCAAGUGUGGAGGGGAUGAGUUUUUUGUUGGCCGAGCUGGAUACUUGGCUGGUGCUUUGUGGUUGAGUCGCGAACUUCAAAUGGGGGUACUUUCUAAAGAACAACUUUACAAGUUAUGUGAUAUAAUGGUUGCAUCUGGAAGAGAUUAUGCUAGGAGCCACAGAAGCCCUUGUCCAUUGAUGUAUCACUAUUACAACACUGAGUACCUUGGGGCAGCACAUGGAAUAAGCUUUAUAUUGCAAAUGCUAUUGUCUGUUCCUGGUUAUCUUGAGCACAAUAAGUCAGCAGCACAAGAUAUAAGAGCCACAAUUGAUUUUAUGGUAGCUUUACAGACUCCAGAAGGAAACUGGCCAUGUUGUAUGGAAGAAGUUGAACUUUCUGACCAUAAGCUAGUUCAUUGGUGUCAUGGAGCUCCUGGCACAAUAUAUCUUGUUGCCAAGGCUUUUAUUACAUUUAAGGAUCAAAAAUAUCUUGAUUCAUGUAUUAAGGCAGGGGAAGUUGUCUGGCACAAGGGUCUGCUCAGGAAAGGCCCAGGUAUUUGUCAUGGAGUAGCUGGCAAUGGAUAUGUCUUUUUACUCCUCUAUAGACUGACAGGUGACCAGAAGUAUUUACAAAGAGCAAAAUUAUUUGCAGAGUUUAUGAAUAAGGAAGAAUUCCUGAGAGAUGCCAGAUUACCAGAUAACCCUGAAAGUUUAUAUGAGGGCACAGCAGGAACAGUGUGCUAUUUGUCAGAUUUAUUGCUUCCUGACAAAGCAGAAUUCCCUUUUCAAGAUAUAUUUUCUACUAAUGCGUUUUAAAAAUUCAUUGUGUUUUGUUAAAUUGUCCCUGUUAUCACAUUAUUGUUGUCCAUAUGCAAUGAGUUACUGACAGUAAUUACUUAAAACCAUGUAAUUUUAUUGUCACAAUUAUCUUUGUUAUUCUGAAAUAUAACAUUUUCUAGUCA